AAAGUAAUAUUUGUUUGUUUUAAGAAAAAAUGUUAAAAGUAUUCAUUUUACUUGCCUCCAUAACCUCGAUUCUAGGGGCUGGCAUUCCUGAGGGCAUGCUGCCUCAAUUGGAUGGUCGAAUUGUGGGCGGUGUUGCCACAACCAUUGAUUCUCAUCCCUGGCAAAUCUCCCUGCAACGCAGUGGUUCGCAUUCCUGUGGUGGCGCCAUCUAUGCGGCGAAUGUUGUGGUCACAUCAGCCCAUUGCUUGCAGGAUGUUACCGCCUCAGUUCUGAAGGUUCGUGCUGGAUCCUCGACAUGGAAUGAAGGUGGAAUUUUGUUGUCGAUUGCCGCCUUUAAAGCUCACGAAGGUUUCAGUUCCUGGACAAUGGCCAAUGAUAUAGCUGUGCUGCGUUUAAGUUCUUCCCUAAAGUUUGGUUCCACUAUACGGCCAAUUGGUUUGGCUACUGUGGCUCCUGCUAAUGGUGCUUCUGCCUCGGUGUCUGGUUGGGGUACCCAAUCGUAUGGCUUCUCCUCCAUUCCCACCCAAUUGCGUUAUGUCGAUGUCAAGAUAGUUGGUACCACCCAAUGUGCCUCCUCUUCGUAUGGUUAUGGUUCGGAAAUCAAGUCCAGCAUGAUCUGUGCCUACACUGUUGGUAAGGAUGCUUGCCAAGGUGACUCUGGCGGCCCAUUGGUUUCUGGUGGUGUCUUGGUUGGUGUUGUCUUUUGGGGUUAUGGCUGUGCCUACACCAACUAUCCUGGUGUCUAUGCCGAUGUUGCUGUUCUCCGCUCCUGGGUUGUCAAUGCUGCCAACUCUGUUUAAAUUAUGAUGUGAAUAAAAACGGCAUACGAUAAAUAA